CCCGAUUUUCAUUCAAGGAGCUGCGCCGGGCCGCUCUCCCUGGGUUGGUGGAGGAUUCCAUUUGAAGUGUCUCUGCCUCUGUCAAUUGGCUGGAGGGAGAGACCUGUCUGGCAGGGGGGCGGGGCGUGUGUCUUGAAAUAGGAAGCCCCGUGCUGGUCUCCCCGCCUCCUGGCGCAGACAGCCCGCCUGUCAGGCCCUUUGUCUGGCUGCACCGGCAGGAGCAGGAGGCAGCAGCAAUCGGGGGCCGCACGCUCCUGCCGGCUCCGGGCUGGGUACUGAGCUCUGUUCCCUUCUUUGCAGCGACUGGAGCGUGACCGCAGGGCAGACCCGCCACGGCUGCCGGCCCCUGGGGCCCCUCGCUCCGGGCUCCCCUGGACGAUCAGCGCGGCGUUUCUUCCGGGAGGAGCAUCCAGCUGGAAUCUUCGCGGGCGGGCAUGGCUGGCAGGUGACCCUUGAUGGACACAGCUGUGGGGGGCCCGGCGAGCGGAGUGGGGCGCUGAGCAGCAUGUCCGUGGAAACCCUCCAGGCCGGAGCCGCGAUGAAGGGGGUUCCGGCCACGGCAUCCUUCACCUCGGCCAUGCCGUUCCGGAUCCUCAACAAGGGGCCUGAGUACUUCCGCCGGGAGGCCGCUCCGGGCGCCAGGAAGCCCAGUGCCGUGGAGAGGCUGGAGGCGGACAAAGCCAAGUACGUGAAGAGCCUGCACGUGGCCAGCACCAAGCAGGAGCCGGUGAAGCCCCUCCUGAAGCAGCCUCUCUUCCCCCUGGGGGUGCGGCGAACGAUGCUCACGCCGAGCCGCAAGACCCCUGCAGGGGGCCGCCGGGCAGAAGCUGCCGGGCCCAAGACCUCCCUGAACCUGGAGAUCCUCAACAACCUCAUUAACAUCCGCGACAGCCCUGCCUUCCCCAAGCCGGCGAGCCCCCUGGAGCACAAGUGGCGAGCGGAGCCGCCCGAGCCCCGCACGCCAGACGGGCGCCCGGCGGGGCAGAGGAGGAAGGGCCCGGCGGAGGGCAUGAGCAAGCUGUCGGAGAGCUCCGUCACCUCCAAGCCCUCCAGCACGGUGGCCGUGCGCCGAGUGGACGUCCGGCCCUGCGGGGUGCUCCGGGGCAGAGAGUCCCCCGCCAUCCAGGUGACGCCUGUGCCCGCCUCCCCCGCCCAGGCCCGAGUCCCCUCCACCAGCUCCCCGAACAGAAGCCCCCACGAGAGGCGGGCGGACAGCGCCAAGCGCCAGACACUCCUGCACCGGUCCAAGUCUGACCUGAGCGACCGGUACUCCCGGGCCACGGCCGACCUGGAGCGCUUCUUCAACUACUGCGGGCUGGACCCCGAGGAGGUGAGGGACCUCGGGGGGGAGCACUUUGCCCGGGCCAGCUCGGACAUCGUCUCCGUCAAGUUCCACAGCGUCAGCACCGCCAGCUCGGAGGGCGCCCGCUCCCAGCGCAGCACCGCCACCCUGGAGGACAAGCCGGCGGAGCGCAUGCCCUACGGCAUCUCCGUCGUCGAGCGCAACGCCAGGGUCAUCAAGUGGCUGUACGGACUCCGGCAAGCCAGGGAGCCCCAGAAGCCGGCUCUCGCUUUGAACGGACAGCCCCGGGGCGCGCUGGUCUGCUCCAGGAGCGGCUGUCUGUGUGACUGAUCUCUCUCCCCCGAAAGGCCCCUUGCCCUUGUUCUGUUACCUGGCUGCUCUGGCUGUUGGUUUUGCUCCCAGGUGCCUCCUUUUUUUGCAGCUGCCGCUUGGCUGCAGUUGUGGGUCCAUUUCGCUGGAUGGCAGCUUGCCUUUUGAUAGCUGAUCCUGUGGAGAGAUGCUGAGUGUGUGUGUGUGUGGGGGGGGGGAGUGACCCUUGAAAGGGACGUAUAGCAGGAAAGUAAUUCUUCGGGAGGUGCCUCGUUGCUCCCGCUGGAAAUCGCCUUAUCACCCCCAGCCGGGCUGCGUCCCCAUGAUGUUGUGCAUCUUGAUUCCACGAGAAGGGCCGGCUGCAGGGAGCGAGUGUAAAGCGGCGGGAGCUUUUUGAACAGCCUUGGGGCGGGGAUCAAGAAACUCUCCUCCCCAAGCUGGAAAGCGCACGCAGGCCCAGUGCUCCACGAAGUGCAGCAGUGAGGCUGCAAAUAAACUCGCCUGCUUUGCCGUAAUGGCAAAAAUCUACCUCCUCGAUGCAGGAUUACCAAGGCUCUUGCUGGGGGGCGUGUGUGGUUUUUUUUACCUGUGUAUAUUUGUGUGUUUUUGUACCUCCUUUUUCUCUGCCACCUGUCCAAACCGCCCAAGAGUUCUGGGAAGGCCGGGUCCUGGUUAUUUAUGAAGCUGGUUCUGUGUUGUUCUCUUCUCCUUUUUUACUGGAUGUGCCGAUGUUUGUUCUGUAAAAAACUCGACUGAUUUGAUUAAAGUCCUGCCCUUUG